AUGCGCUCUCUUUCUGCCACCAUCUUGGUUCCGCAUUUCCCGCACAAAAUGCCUGGUGAAGCCCCAGAAACCGUCCCUGCUACAGAGCAGGAGUUGCCACAGCCCCAGGCUGAGACAGGGUCUGGAACAGAAUCCGACAGUGAUGAAUCGGUACCAGAGCUUGAGGAACAGGAUUCCACACAGGCAACCACCCAACAAGCCCAGCUGGCAGCAGCAGCUGAAAUCGAUGAAAAACCAGUCAGUAAAGCAAAACAGAGCCGGAGUGAAAAGAAGGCACGGAAGGCUAUGUCCAAACUAGGUCUUCGACAGGUUACAGGGGUUACAAGAGUCACUAUCCUCUUUGUCAUCACAAAACCAGAUGUCUACAAGAGCCCAGCUUCAGAUACCUACAUAGUUUUGGGGGAAGCCAAGAUCGAGGAUUUAUCUCAGCAGGCACAACUAGCAGCUGCUGAGAAAUUCAAAGUUCAAGGUGAAGCUGUCUCAAACACUCCAGAAAACACACAGACUCCAACUGUACAAGAAGAGAGUGAAGAUGAAGAGGUUGAUGAAACAGGUGUAGAAGUUAAGGACAUAGAACUGGUCAUGUCGCAAGCAAAUGUAUUAAGAGCAAAGGCAGUUCGAGCCCUGAAGAACAACAGUAAUGAUAUUGUAAACGCUAUUAUGGAAUUAACAAUGUAAC